AUGAUGAUCUCAGAAAUAAAUCUCCGUGUAAAUAUAUAUGCCAUGGACAUCAAUUCAUCCCAAUCAAGUGGAAUCAGCAAAGCAAAGCGAAACAAAAGCAAGUUCCCGUCGAUGCAUGAAGCAGUAGUGCUGCACAGCGCCCAAACCACGGAACAGGAACAGGAACAAGAAGGACAUCAUCACCACCAACCAUCCGCAAAAUCCUCCUCCACCACCACAACCCUCCCCCUCAACCACAACCUCAACACCACCUCUCCCACACCUUCACCCUCAAUGUCCACCACUACCCCCCUCAAAACCCCCCGACGCUUCCUCUUCAUCGCCUCAAUCGGCAAUCCACGCCCAUACCGCACGACGCGACACAGCGCCGGCCACAUCCUCCUCGAAGCCCUGACGCCACUUCUCCCACGCCGAGUCCCUCUCGUGGGCACCUCUCCCAACAAUGGCAACAUAAUCAACCCUUUAUUCUACAAAACCUACACGAGCCCAUCAUACAUGAACGAAUCGGGACCCAAACUCCUCCGCAACUUCCAAUCGUGGCUCUCAUCCACCCAAACCGAAAUAUACCAGAAGAUCGUGCAGCCGGGGAAUGUACUCUCCACAAACCCAGAAUCAGACGCUACAGCAGCAGCAGAAUGGCAUCUCCGGGGCGCUGACCCGACAACCCUCCGAAACUUCUCCCCGACACUAGUCAUCCUCCAUGAUGAAUUGGAGGCGCCGCUGGGAAAAGUCCGUGUGAAGAGAGGUGGGCCCGAGAAGGCGAGUUUGAGGGGACAUCGGGGCUUGAUUAGUUCGUUUGAGAGUUUGAGGGGCAAGGGGAUGUAUCCUCCCAAUCCGAAGAAGAAUGUACUUGGGACCGGGGUGGAUUUGUCGGUCUUGAGGAUUGGGGUGGGGAUUGGGAGGCCCGAGACGAGGGAUCGAGGGGGUGUUGCGAAGUAUGUCCUGUCGGAGAUGAGUGAGCAGGAGUUGAAGGCUGUGAGGGCUGCCGCGGGGCCGGUUUUGGAGGUGUUGGUGGAUGAGUUGUACAGGGAUGGUGCGGAGUAA